CUUUAUUGUUUCUUCCCUAAACCCUAAACCACCUCACAGCUCAACUGUGCCUUCAAUGGCGGAACCACAUCCCUCGAAGGCAUUCCCCGUGAAACCCAAGUUGAAAUCGAAACCCAGAACCCCGAAGCAAACCCCUGAAUCCAAAUACUGGUCCUCCUUCAAGACCCAUCAAAUCCCCGGCCUCAUCUCCGUUCGUUCACUCUCCUUCUCGCCCUCUCUCGCUCAUCCCUUCGCCGUCGCUCACUCUGCCCACCUAUCAAUCUACAGCUCCGAAACCUUUUCUGUCACCUCCACGAUCUCCUUCUUCAAAGAUACUGUUACCUGCGCCUCCUUCCGCUCCGACGGCCGCCUCAUCGCCGCCUCUGAGUCAUCUGGUCGUAUCCAAGUAUUCGACCUCAAUUCUCGAGGCCCGCUUCGUAAACUAGAGUCUCACUCUCGCCCCGUUCGUUUCGUUCAGUUCCCAUUGCUCGAUAGGUUCCAUUUGAUUUCCGGUGGGGAUGACGCCCUGGUGAAGUACUGGGAUGUGGCGGGUGAAACACCGAUAUCAGAAUUACGGGGUCACAAGGAUUAUGUCAGGUGCGGUGACUCUUCCCCUGUUAAUUUGGACACGUUUGUUACCGGUUCUUAUGAUCAUACCGUGAAGCUAUGGGAUAUGAGGGUUGCAGAUAGGAGGCCAAUGCUGGAAGUGAACCAUCGGAAGCCGGUGGAGGAUGUCAUUUUCUUGCCAUCAGGGGGUGUAAUUGCGACGGCGGGUGGGAAUUCAGUGAAGUUGUGGGAUUUGCUUAGCGGUGGGAAGCUUUUGUUCUCAAUGGAGAGUCAUAACAAGACUGUCACUUCCAUUUGUGUGGGUAGAAUUGGGAGAGAUGCAGGGGACGAAUCAGAGCAAUCUAGGAUUCUGAGUGUGGGACUGGAUGGGUACAUGAAAGUGUUUGAUUAUGCCAACAUGAGAGUGACCCAUUCCAUGAGGUUCCCUGCACCUCUUGUCUCAGCUGCUUUUUCGCCAGAUUCUUCCACGCGGGUCAUUGGGUCGUCGAAUGGGAUUGUAUUUGCUGGGAAGAGGAAGACAAAGGAAAAGGAAAAGGAGGAAAGUGAGUCAAGGCUGUUUUGGAGGAUAGCGCCGGUGGAGCAACCAAAGAGGAAAGUACUGAGGCCUUCAUACUAUCGAUAUUUCCAGAGAGGGCAAGGAGAGAAACCAUCAGAGGGAGAUUACUUGGUUAUGAAGCCAAAAAGGGCGAAAUUGACAGAGCAUGAUAAGUUGUUGAAGAAAUUUAGGCACAGGGAAGCUCUGGUAUCUGUGUUAGGCAGUAAAAAUCCUGAGAAUGUGGUGGCCGUGAUGGAGGAAUUGGUUGCUAGGAGGAAACUGGUGACUUGCAUUACAAACUUGGAUGUGGGGGAGCUGGAGUUACUGAUGAUGUUCUUGCAAAAGUAUUGUACGGUGCCAAGGUAUUCAAGUUUGCUAUUCAAAGUGACAAAGAGGGUUAUUCAAAUGCGGGCUGAUGAUAUCAGGGCUUCUGUCUCCUUCAAGAGUCAUAUCAGAAAUCUCAAGCGAUCUGUUGAGGAGGAGCUCCGAAUUCAACGGUCAUUGCUGCAGAUACAAGGUAUUAUAACUCCUUUAUUAAAUAGUGCUGGAAGACGGUGAAACUUUCUUACGAGGUUUUGUUGAAUUCUUCUCGUGAUCGUCUUGUGCAAUUUAACAAAUGCAGUUUUGGCCAAUUGAGAACUUACACCAGCAAUUUUAACUGGGGAACGUUGGAAUUAUUA